AAGCUCGAGGUCAGUGCCUAUCGUUGUCGGUGGAACGUCGGAGUGAUAUUCAAACCAGAAACAUUUACGUCUGAAUACCCGUCGGUGUGUGUUGUCUCUUCAGGCAAAUUGAAAAACUUUGUUGUCGAAAACAAAACAACGAAAUGAAAUACGGAUUACAAACAAAGACUUUAAUCAUCUUACUAUUAUCCUGUGGCAUUUUAACGAAGGCCAAAAUUCUAAACGAGUGUGAAGCCAUGCGUGAACUUCAACGUGGUGGCAUCUCAAGAACUUUCAUGAGUAAUUGGAUUUGCCUGAUGAAGAACGAAAGUGGUAUGAAUACUCAGCUCAUCACUGGUCCAAAAGGAGCAUCCAACUAUUACUACGGUAUAUUUCAAAUCAGCAGUAGCAAAUGGUGUACACGUGGUCGCGUCGGUGGUAUUUGUAACAAGCGUUGCGAAGAUUUUGCCAACGACGACAUACAGGAUGACAUAGUUUGUGCGAAAAAGAUUUCUAACAUGGACGGAUUCAAAGCUUGGAACGAAUGGACGAAGAAAUGCAAGAAUAAACCGUUACCAAAUAUAAGAAAUUGUCGAAGGCGACGAUGAAUGUCAUAGAAGGAAAUAAUCGUUGAUUAUUUUAACGAUCUAUAGAAGGAAAAGUACAAAAUAUCAAUGAUUUAUGACUUAGAUAACGAAGAAAACAUUAAUCGAUUACUUGUAAGUUACAUAUAUAUAUAUAUAUAUCAAUUAA